GCACAGAAGCUGGUCCUCAACGGCCAGGCUGUGCAGCACAAGGUGCUUCCGAAGAUCACCGCGGCAAAUCUGGCCCUUUGCAGCCAGUGCUGCGCCGUGGUGAUGCAACUGCUUCCGUUGCUCCAAACCCGACUCAAUGAGAUCUCUCGCAGCGCCCACGGCGAGGCGCGCGGAGCCAUGGUCGCGGCGUUGCUCAGUGACCUCUCCAAGAUAGUCACCGAGUACACCGAGCAUCGGACGGCACUCUUCGGGAAGCUCAGCGAUCUUCUCAAAAAUGCCUACGAGAACCAUGCCAAGAGGUGGCUCGGCGCACCCCAUGGCCGGCAAGGCGAUCCGAGCCUUUUUCAGGGCGAGGAUGCCGUCGCGAGGCUGCAAAAGAGCGAGUCCAUUGCGAAUGGCCAUGAAGCUCUGGAAGGUCUCGUGAAGGACGUCACCGCCAUGUACCGCGUCUUACUGCGGAAUCUCAACUACGACAGCGUGAGGCGGAUCUUUGCACGCGCCUUCGAGGACAUCGCCUCCGUGUUUCAGCAGAGGUUAGACCAAGACAUUGCGGCCCCUUCGACGAACUACUCCGACGGUGUUGGCUGCUCGCUUGGCGACCGGCUGCUGCUAGACUUUGCCUACCUCUACACAGAGCUGGAGAAGCUCACAGGUAUCACCACGCCGCUCGAGCGGCUUGUGUGCGAUUUGGUCCAGCAUCUUCUGACAAAGCUUCCGGAGGAUGCGUUGAGAAGACCACAUCCGAUAGUGCUCGAGGUUCUUCGGAGCUCCGGGCGUCUGCCGAGAUAG